AUGAACCAGUACAGUAUGUCCUUCCCUUCAUUAGUUUCUAUCUAUCUAUCUAUCUAUCUAUCUAUCUAUCUCUCUCUCUCUCUCUAUAUAUAUAUCUCUAUUUUUGAAACAUGUUUCUUUCCACCACUCUCUUUCCACCUCUCUCUCUCUCUCUCUCCCCUUCCACCUCUCACUCUCUUUCCACCGCUCUCUCUUUUUCCACCUCCCACUCUCUUUCCACCUCUCUCUUUCCAUUUCCCUUUAAAUUUUGCUCCUCUUUCUCUCCAUCUUCUUUCUUCCAUCUCUCUUUCAUUUUCUCUUUGCUUCCCUACUCCUCUCUCACUCUCUUUCUCUUUAUAUUCUUUCUUCCAUCUCUCUUUCACAUUCUCUUUGCUUCCCCCUCUCUCUCUCUCCUUCUCUUUAUCUUCUUUCUUUCAUAUCUUUCCCUUUCUCUCUACUCCUGUCUAUCCUCUUUCACUCUCCUCCUUUUCUUCCUCUUUGUAUCUUCUUUCCUUUUCUCUGCUCCCCUCAACAUCUCUCACUCACCUUCUCUUUAUCUUCUUUCUUUCAUGUCUCUUUCUCUCUGUUUUACACCAUCCUCUCUUCCUCUGCUUCUCUCUCUUUGAUCUCUCUUUCUCUUUUCUCUUCAUUUUCUCUCACUCUUCCUUUUCAUCUUCUUUCUCUCUGCUGCCCAACCCUUCUUUCAAUUACUUGCUCUUUAUUGUCUUUCAUCUUUCUUUCACAUUCUCUUUGCUCUCUCUCUCACUCUCUUUCUCUUCUUUCUUUCACCUCUCUUUCACUUUCUCUUUAUUCUCCACACCCUCUCCCUUCCACAUUCAGCUAUGA